AAAAAAGAACACUUUUUAUAAUGCUUUAAAAUUUACACAAUUCUUUCAUACAUUUAUUUAUACUUAUAACUUUUUAUACAAAAAAUGAUGCUCGAAUACAAUUACUUUUUUUAUCCAAAUGCAUGUCACAUUUGUAAAAAAUUUGGUGAGGAAAUCUCUUUAAAACGAUGUGGCAAUUGCACAAUGAUCUCUUAUUGUUCCAAGAAGCAUCAGAAAGAACAUUGGUUAGAGCACAAAGAUCUGUGCAAUGCAAUAUGUACUGUUUUAAAGGAUAACCAGGUAUCAAGCUUUUUAAAUAACAAACAAAAUCUGAAUACCGAAAGUUGGACUGAAAUGAAAAUGAAUUUCAUGUUAUUAGUAGCAAUUAAGAUUGGUCGCAAAUUAAAACACUAUGAAGAAGAAAUGUUUAAAUUUAUUAGAUCAUGCGCUGUAUGUCAUGAGCAGAAUUUAAAAGUUUUGGAAGAUUGUUCCAAUUGUCCGAAUACUAGCUUUUGUACAAAGCACAAAAAUGAUAUAGAACAUAAAAAAGUUUGUUAUCUCAUAAAGUUAUGUUACACUUUAGAUAUAGCUUCAAUAAUAUACAAAGAGGAAAUACCUAAAAUGAGGGUACCAUCUCCUACAGAUCACAUAAGUUUACCACAAAAUAUUAAAGAUUUAAUACAUUAUUAUAUGGAACCACGUACAAUUUCACAUUUGUCAAUUGAAGAAGAAACAAUGAUUCACACAGAAUAUCUCACAAGACCUUUAACUCUUCUUUAUGCAUUACAAAAAUUAAGAUAUUCAUUAAAGAACCGUAGUAUAGUUAUUCAUGUUAUUGCAGCUAAUAUAAUAGAUAUUGAUGGUAUAGAAUUUGGGGAAAUUCUGUUACACUGGUACCCAAAUAUAGAGACAGCAAAUAUUGUAUUAAUUGGACCUGAAUUAUCUACAGGUUCUAUACCAAUAAACCUUUGUAAAGACUGUCAGUAUAACAACAAACAAUUUUUCAUUGAAAUACAUGGUAUACUUUAUGACGAUUUUGCCAAAAGUAUUUCAUAUGUUAAGCCAGAUAUUAUUAUUGGAUAUAAUGCAGGAAUUCAUGAAUGCGAAGACUUUAAAUCUGAGAAUGAUACAUGGAGACAAUCUUUGCAAAUCAUAGCUAAACAAGAAUGUCCAUUUAUUUUAACAUCUUACACUUUAAUAGAAGCAAAAAAAGAACAAGAAAGACUGAAUACUGUUUUAGGUAGAGAUAUAGAAUGUGCAUUUUGUGAUCAAAAUCCAUAUUGUAGCUUAAGACCAUACAGAGAUUUUGAAACUGAGAGAGUAUACUAUCAAAAUCAAUACUUACUUAUUUAUGCAAACUUAGAAGCAUUGUAAUAUUUGAAUAUUUUGAAUAACUUUAUAUGAAUAUUUAAAUAACUUUUAUUAUUAUAUUUCAUGAU